GCAGCGAAUCAGCGCUGCAGACACUGCAGAGCGCUCAGCCUGUCACCUCCCCUCCGUCCAGCUGUCAUCUGACAGCGGCACACAUGAACCUCAGCGCCGCCGCUGCUGCAGACGGAGCUGGUCACCCGUGCGUCCAACCACCCGCUCCCCGGCGUCUUCAUUCAAACGGGGACAACAACAUGUCAGGAUACAGUCGAGUCUCUGCGGACUGACGCGUAGGAGGAGAGCCGCGCCGCUUCUUGCUCGUUGUGCGCUAACGCUAGCUGACUUUAGUUAGCCUGCAGGCUAGUGGCAGCUAGCUGCGGAGCGGAGUCCUGCAUUGUGCCGUCAGUUCGCUAGCGAAGCGAAGGUCGGAGGGACUCACGUUAGCUGGUAGUGCGGAGCGGGUGCAAUUCGCCAUUCGGCUCCAUUAACGUGUCAUUUUAAUGGUUUGUUUUGAUGCUGCGCGAUAUUUUGUUUUUCUCGUGUCACCCCGCUUCACGUUUCAUGCGUUUAUUCAUUUAACGAAAUUUAUCGCUUGAUGUUUUGCCAGCUAGCUAGCUAGCUACUCGGCUAUGCUAACGCCAGCUCAGUGAGAGCUCGCUCGCGGGGGUGCGGAGAGCUCCAGGCGGGUCAAGGAAGAGAGGUGGCUUAUGAUGUGGGCUGAGGGAAGCGGCGGACAGUCAGGCGAAGGAGAGCAGCAGUAUUAACUUAAACACGUUGUGUGUGUUCCUCAUACUAAUCCUCGUCGAGGUUAAGGGGCCAUAGCGUCUGUCAAGCUGUGUGCGGGGCGUUGGAUGAAGGAGGAAAGAAUCGGGGCACUUUGAUUUGCGAGCGGGCUAAAUGAAUAGUGUCGGUGUCGUUGCAUCGUGAACCGGUGGCCGCCGUGCCAGCUUGAAGGGGAGGUAACUCUGUCGAGAUUAUCGCACGGACUGCAUCAACCAGCCAGUUUGCUUUAAGAUGGCUUCGGCGAUCAGCAUUGCCGCAUCCAUUGCGAGCAAAACGAAGACCAAGAAGAAGCACUUCGUCGCUCAGAAAGUGAAGCUCUUCCGUGCCAGCGACCCACUGCUCAGUGUGGUUAUGUGGGGAGUCAACCACUCGAUAAAUGAGUUAAGCCAUGUUCAGAUUCCCAUCAUGCUCAUGCCAGAUGACUUCAAGGCCUAUUCUAAGAUCAAAGUGGACAACCACCUCUUCAAUAAGGAGAACAUGCCCAGCCAUUUCAAGUUCAAGGAGUACUGCCCUCUGGUGUUUCGAAACCUCAGGGAGAGGUUUGGCAUCGAUGAUCAGGAUUUCUUGAACUCACUGACACGUAGUGCUCCCUUGAACAGUGAGGCCCAGGGACGGAGCGGGGCUCGCUUCCACACCUCUUAUGACAAACGCUAUGUCAUCAAGACCAUCAGCAGCGAGGAUGUGGCAGAAAUGCAUAACAUUCUUAAGAAAUACCAUCAGUUCAUUGUGGAGUGCCAUGGCAACACGCUUCUGCCUCAGUUUCUGGGGAUGUACCGACUCACAGUGGAUGGAGAUGAGACCUACAUGAUUGUCACACGCAAUGUCUUUUCCCAUCGCCUCUCUGUCUACAAAAAAUACGAUCUCAAGGGUUCUACUGUGGCAAGAGAGGCCAGCGACAAGGAGAAGCAGCCGCCCCAACCAGAGGAUGUGCCCCCUCGGCCCAAAUCUGGUAACGUUCAGCAAAGGCUGCAAACACUGCGGAUUGCCACGCGCUUUUACUGCGCCAUGAAACACGUAAGAGAUGCCAAGGAGCUGCCCACCUACAAGGACAACGACUUCAUCAAUGAUGGGCAGAAGAUCUGCAUCAAUGACGAGAACAAGAAAAUGUUCCUGGAGAAGCUCAGGAAAGACGUAGAGUUCCUGGCCCAGCUGAAGCUCAUGGACUACAGUCUGCUGGUUGGGAUCCACGACGUGGAGCGAUCCGAGCAGGAGGAGGUGGAGAGCGAGGACAAUGAGGCAGAGGAGGAGGGAGAGAGUGACGGAGGGGGCAUUGGGACGCCCCCUGACAGCCCCAGCAACACGCUGGACAGCAACAAGCCUCUGUCACCUGGAGAGUUUGAUCCCACCAUCGAUGUCUAUGCCAUCAAAAGCAAUGAUAGUGCUCCCAGGAAGGAGGUUUACUUCAUGGCUAUCAUAGACAUCCUGCAGCAUUAUGAUGCCAAGAAGAAAGCUGCCCAUGCUGCCAAGACUGUCAAACAUGGGGCUGGGGCGGAGAUCUCCACCGUGAACCCGGAGCAGUACUCCAAGAGGUUUUAUGAUUUCAUCACCACUAUCCUGUCAUAGCCUCCAGGAGCCUACAGGGGCACGGAGGCACACUGGGUGGGGGGGAAGGGAGGACAAGUGGGGUGCAGGGCAGAGAAGAAAAGUGACAGAGAGGAGAGAAGUCCCUCACUCAUUCUCCUCAUCCCUCCCUCUUUGUUUCCCUCUUUCAGUGGGGUGCUUCGCUCUGCAGCUAAAAUCAACACCAUUCGUUUACAUUUAACCUCUUCCUCUGAGUUCUGUGUGUUACUUUGGAUGAUAAGGGUGUUAAAAGCAAGUGUUCAAGUCAUUACGUAUUUUUUAUUUGUUUUGUCUGUGGUUGUUUAUGUGGGAAUAUGGCUGAUUUUUUUAUUGCCUCUAACAUAACAUCCAGCACCCAUUUUUUUUUAAAAAUACAUUGAUGUUUAUAUUCGUCUUUUCCUUAAUGAUGUUCAGGAGGGAGGUUGGGGAGGGUAUGAAAUUAUACAGAAUCCAGCUCAAGGUUCCUCUUGUAGGGAGAAAGAGUAUGAUGU